CGCGCGCACCACGCGGGCCCGGACCCCAAGCCGGUCGAGUGCAACCUCUGCCACCGCAAGUUCAAGAACAUCCCCGCGCUCAACGGCCACAUGCGCCUCCACGGAGGAUACUUCAAGAAGGACUCGGACUCCAAGAAGUGCGAGAAGAAGGAGAUUCCGGGUCCUCCCUUGCAAACAGCUAGCAUGAGUGUGAGGGCGCUGAUUGAAGAGAAGAUAAUUCAGAAGAGAAUAGUGCAGCCACCUAAUAACGCAACGCAGCAGCAGCAGCAACAACAACAACAGCAACAGCAGCAGCAGCAACAACAGAAUCAACAACAGCAACAGCAACAACAACAACAACUGCAGCAACAACAGCACCAACAACAGCAGCAGCAACAGCACCAACAACAGCAGCAACAACAGCAACAGCAGAAACAGCAGCAACAAUCGCCCUCCACAGGCUACACAAGUAGCGGCGCGGGUUCCGGGACGGAGGCCAUGAGCGGUUCGCAGCAGCAGCAGCAGCAGCAGCAACAGCUGGCGGCGGCUUCUCCGGCCGCCUCGCCCUCGGCCGGCGCUAAAGACGGCGGCGACCUGGCCAAGCAGCUGACGGCGUCGUUCGCGGUGCCGGCGCCGCCGCUGCAGCCGCCUGCCGCCCCCGCACCGGUCGCCAGCGCCGCCCCCGACAAGCUGUCCCGCCGGCACUCCGACUCCGAGCACUUCGUUACGCUUCACCAGCAGCAUGACGCCAACGCGGAGAAUGCGGCGCUGGCCGAACUGCUGCUGCAAAGGCGGUCGUCCGGAACCCCUACCUCCAAGGCGACGGUGAAGCGCGCUGCGUCGGAUCCGGGUCAGACGUUACAACUGACGUUCCAAGAGGGUGGCAACUGCAACUACCUGGCGUACGACGCCACAUCCGCCGGCGCCGACGACGCCGGAUACUUCUCACCUUCGCUGCAGGACGACAUGUUCCAGCACGUCUCCGUCAACGACACCAUGCUGUUGCAAGGUGUCGACACGGCGCAUCUGGCGGACACUAUACAGUUCCAGGCAGCAUCUCUGCUCCAAGAGCAGACAACAGCAGAGCAGUUGCAGGACAUUGCAUCCCUUGAGGACUACCAGGCAGCCGUCCAAAACCCUGCACAUUUCCAUCAGCAAAGUCAGCACUCUGUCCAUUCAGCUGAUCUACAGGCUGUUCUCAAUUCUCCUCUGCCUGUGAGCCUUGCUGACUUUGGUGCUUACAGUCAGCAGGCGAUAGUGACAUCAUGCUCCCCAUUGCCGAAGGAUCUUUCAUACCACGGUAGCACAGGAUCAGCGUCAGCAGCACAGUCACCUCUGCAUCAUCCUCAUAGUGGUGGCGGCGGCAAUGGAACCGGGCCAGCUGGUACUGGGUGUGGCUCAUCCCAGUAUGCUAGCUCUCCUCUAGCAGCAGCAGGUGCAGGCACUGUGCAUUCACCACUACCAUCUCCUCUCACGCAGCAUGAUUCCCCGAGCUUCACAUAUCCGACUCCACCUGCCAGCCAGGAGGGGCAAUCGCCAUCUUUCGGCCACAGCCACGGGUCGCUGGUAACGAGCUCAUUGCCACUCUCUUCACCUCACCAACAACAGACAUCUGACUUUGUACAGUCAGUCAUUGCACAUGGAGGUCACGUUCCUCGGGUUUCGUCACCACUUUCGGCAGCUUUCUACACAUCUACUAUGUCGAGCUCAGCUGCUGUUGAAGCUGCUCUUUCAGAAGUAUUGCCUGGUGAAAGUGUGCAACAAGGAGCUUGCCUAACAAGUGGUACUUCAUUGCGCACAUCUUCCCUCGGGCUGUAUCAGUCUCUCGUUAACCCAUCACCUCCGCCACAAUCUCCUCUGUCAGCGACUACACCUGUUCCGUCCCCACUUUCUCUUUCCAGUGUGCCCGCAUCAUCAUCAUCAGUAUCAUCUCCGCUGCCUCCUUCCGCUUACACUCCCACCCAAAAUACACAGAUAUCUUUCCCCUUAUCACCUCAUCAUACCCUUCAGUCGCAGAUGAUGCCAAACUCUGAAGAUCCACUUCUCUCCAGCAGCCCGAAAGACUUUGGGAGUAGAAAGAGGUUUGAAUUUGUCAGUGGUGGUCUGCAUCAUUCAGCCAAACUUGUCAGCAAUGGUACUUCAGAUUUUACCACGGGGAAUCCUUCCAAUGGACAAGUGACAGGAAUUGUGGUGGACAGUAACGGUGAACUUAGAUUUGUACAAACUUCAGGUGGUCAGUAUCACAGCCAAACAAAGUGUGGGACAAUAACUGGAAGUGGUGCUGUAGUUAAUACAAACAUGACUGUGAUGGGUAAUGGUGGAACAACUACAGUGUACAGGAAGACAGAGUUGGAAGUGAAUAAAGUGCGAGUGCCAACAAAGUGUGCUAGUGUCUCGAACAUAGGUCAUCAAAAUCACUAUCAAGCGCGUACCAAUGCUCAAAGAUCUAGACUGCAUGUUGCACUUGAUGCUGUUAAGGAAGAAGUAGACGAUGAUGUUUUUCUUAGCCCCACUAGUGUUCCAGCAAGUCCAGUUCGUAUGGUUCGUAAACGGAUGCGACCAGAAGCACUUGUGCAAAAUAGUCCACCGAUUCAUAUGCCAUUGUCAACUUACCAAUCGCGGCUGAGGGCACCACGGGUGUCGCAGUGUGGCAAUUCACCAUCAUCGGCUCCUUCGUCUCUGCCAUACACUCCUGCACCCAUGCUCAGCCCAACACGACCUGGCCAGGGUCUGUACUGGCAGAUUACUGCAGCAUCUGCAUGGCCUUCUUCAACAACACUUGGUAGUACUAAAAGUGGCAGUGGUGGAGACUCGCAGAGCUCAGAGGAAAGUCAGCAGGGACUGCCAGCAGUCAGUAGUGACAAUGCCCCAGAAUCUGAUGUCACUCCCCAUAUUAACAUUGGUUCACAGUUCCAAUGCACUAUUCCUUCAUGGAAUCCUGACAGGGAAAAAGCAAGCAGUGAACCUUCCCAUGAACAUUUGUUAUGGGAUCCUGGAAUCAGUUCAGUCUGUACUGAUGCAGAAGUUGAAAUGUACCUUGAGUUUGCCUGCUGUGCUGCAGUGCCAGGUGGUGGUCGUAAUAAGGAGUAUGCACUUCAUUUGCUUCAUAUGUGUAAUGGAAAUAUCCAUGAGGCAAUGCUGAAACUAAUGCAGCCAACACCAGCCUUACCUUCUGGACACCCACUUCUUGCAUACGAUUACAAUGAAAGUGACCGAUGGAGUGCAGAAGAACUUGAUAUGUUCCAUCAAGGACUGAUUAAGUAUGACAAGGACUUCAGAAGCAUAGCAAAUGAGAUUGGCUCAAAAUCUUUAAAACAGUGUAUCCAGUUUUACUAUUUGUGGAAGAAGGUGUGCCCUGAAGAGUACAAACGGAUGCGCCUAGCAAGGCGUAGACAAAAUUCGGAUUACAAUGGACGAGUUGAUAUGGAGUUUGAAGAUAUUAGGGCGGAAGACUCGCGGAACAGUAUUCCUGCCAAUGAUGUAGAGUUAGUAUCAACAAGUUCUGAAAGUCGGCUAUUUGUCUGUGAAUAUCCUGAUUGUUCAGCUAAAAGUCACCUCCAGGGGAAUUUUAUUUAUUUCCUGCCUGUCCUGACAGUUUCUACAUUUUCUCUCAGAGCAUCAAAGAGCUUCAACUCUCGUGCAGCACUGAAUGGCCACAUUAGAAUACACGGCGGUGGAGUCUGUGGACGUUCUCCUACACCAGACAAACGACCAUCUGCCAGCACCCCUCCUACACUUGCAGAUAUACUUGAGGAAUUUCCCUGCAAGAUUUGUGGGAAAGUUUUCAAUAAAGUCAAAAGUCGUAGUGCUCACAUGAAGUCUCAUCGUCCUCCGGAUGCUGAGCCGAAGAAGCCUAAGCUAGAUACUAACAAGAUGGAAGCUGCUGAACAUCUUUUAGUUCGGUCACUGGGAGUAACUACAUCAAUUGGUCUUGGGAGACACACCUGAGCCGUAACUGUUAUGCAGUACAAUCAUGAGGUGUCAAACAGAAGAAAUAAUAGUUCACCCACAAGUAAUUUUCAACAAUUGUAUAUGGAUUGAACAGUAUCAUCAUGUAACAAAUGUUAAAAUUCUUGUAUAUAUAUCUUUCAGAUACUUUUAUACAGCUGAAUGAAUACACUCUCUUGCAAACACACACACACACACACACACACACACACACACACAUUUCUAAAUAAAUUAUGUUUCAUGCUUUACAGGUUUUCCAGAUCCAUUGUUUAAAUCCUUCCCACUAACUGUAAAUAAACUAUGUUAUUUGUAAAGAGUCUUAUCUUGUUUUUAAAAUGGAUAGUCAGAUUUUCUGCAGCUGGCAAAGUAAUAAUUACCACACAAGCUUAAGGUAAAUACUUAAUUACUUUGUGGGUGAGCUAAUCUAGAGUAAUAUUUUGCAUAAUAUGAACUGGAGCAAUAGUGAAUGGUUUAUCUUCUGUAAAUAUUAUUUAUUAUUGUGCUUAAUAUUGAUAUAUUGUUGAAAAGAUAAAUGUAAAAUUGAUGUUUUAUUGGAUUUCAUGGUACACAUCAGGGUUAUAUUCAUGCAACUAGCAUUAAGUAACAUAUCAACAAAAAAGCAAUUGAAGUGACAUUCCUAGAAGUGUACUUAGGAAAUAAUGUAUUGUGCCAUUUUGGGAUUGGCAGUGCUGUGAAGUGUCCACUUCUGAAACAAAACUCGAAAGUGAGUGGUCAAAUACAUAGUUCUGUUUUCCUAAACAAACCAGUAUAGAGCAAGGGAGAAGGCUCCAAGUGGAACAUCGUAUAGUGAGUGGAAUUACAUAACAUAAAAUGUGCUCAAUGAUCGAUAAUCUUUUUGUCUUUCUUCUUCAUUGUCUGCUUUGUUUCCAUUAGAAUUUUGUAUGCCAAAAUAAGACAAAUAAUGUACAAUGUGUCUUGCCUUGUCACUGUGUUCUCAUGUUUUUGGCAUUUAUUUCUAAGUUCUCUGUAUUCAGUGUGUGAAGACCAAUACUCAUGCAUUACAUAAAGUAUAGUAGCAAAAAAAAAAAAAAAAAAAAAA